UUGCAAGUGAUCCAAAAUUUGUUGAUUCCGAAUGGCUUCCACUUCCGGGCUUGUUCUUGGCUCAUUAUCGUUUCCACCUUCUACUCGAUCAUCUCUUUCCAUCACAACUGGUUCAAUUGCAAGAAGAGCUUUAUGGCACAAGAAGAGAAAACUCCAAUCCUUGGAGCAUAACUGGAACCAUUCUUACAAAUUCAUUCAUGGAGGAUCCACACCUCAUAAACCCAAGACACGAAAUUUUCUUAUGAAAGCAACUUCUGAACCGUUUGAUACACAAACCAUUUGGAAGUCUACCAAAGAUAUCUUGCAUACUGUCCAAAAGUUUACUAUAUCUUAUUAUUUAAUUACUGUGUUAAUGAGCAUAUCUUCGACAUCACUCCUUGCAGUGGAAAAUUUAUCAGACAUAUCUCCAAAGUUUUUUGUUGGUUUAUUCAAGUUUAUCAUAGCUAUGAUCUUCAUGCAUUGGUAUACAGUUGGCAUAAAUCAAUUAGCUGAUCUUCAAAUAGAUAAGGUAUGGAUUUCUUGGCCUUGUGAAAUUUUAGAUUUCACAAAGUUUGUUUUAAUAGAAAUAUUUUGUUCGCCAAUGAAUUCAUCACGAAAGUGUGAUAUUCAAAUAUGUAGGUGUAUAAGUGUUAUGAGAUUGUUUUAUUAUAAGUUUUCGAGUCGUAAAUUUUAUUAUAGUUUUAACUGAUUUAAUAGUUGAUUU